GUGUCCUUCCUUUUCCAGUGACAGCGACGGCACCGAAAUGUAUGUCCCUCCCGAGGACGAAGAUGUCCAUGCACGAGAGGGAUCGUCUCGCCCAACGGUACCGGAAUAUGCUUAUGAGCAUGCUCAGCUACCGUUACCAUCGGCUCGAUCCUAUAAUCCCUGGCCUUACCAAUCGCAUUCGCAAGCCUACGAAGCAACACAGCAUCCUACUUCUCAGGGCGAACCGGCAUCCCACCCGGAGUCGUCCCUGCGCUCAACGUCUAGCGCAGUGUCAUAUGGACCCCCAUCGCCAAUAUACAUGCACGGCUAUCGCGAAGAAACCAUAUCGUUGCAGAGGCGCCAACACAGGCUUCCCUUUGUCGGGACUGACGCUAACGAUGUGUUUCCUGAGUCCACAGUACUCUUACAACCGACCAGCGCAGGGACCUCCCAAAGUCCUCAUGUACGCUUCGACCAUGCACAAAUGGUGCACUCUCAAGUGCACCAGCCCCUUAUCCCGGCGGAGCAACUGCUGCCGCCGCCGACGAGCGCAGCAUACUAUGCCCCCGCACACGCUGUGCAAGGAUGUCCAUCCCGACGCAACGAUGGACCGUGAGGCUCGAGGCCUUCAUCGUCGAGGAACAUGGUGGCCAAGUAUAGAGCCGUCGACGCUGACGAUUGACCCGUAUCUCGCCAAUGCGCAGAUACCGCCGACCGAACCCGAAUCGGGACCGUAUUGGCCGUCCUCCCCCGCGAGUGCGCCAGCAUGGCCAGAUGCGCGGUUUUCCGAGGACGACAUCUUCCCGUUCGAAGAGCGCAGGCACAUACCUUACAGUGACAAGGCUGUGCAAUUUAGCGGGGUUGGGUGGGAGGGGGAGGCAGAAGAGGGUGAAGGUACGAUUGCCAUAGUAAACGCGCGCCCCAAACCCCUCGCCACACUCAGGGGCAAGGGCCGGUCAGCAGAACCUAAGGACGACAAGGGCAAUGCGGGGAAAAGGAAAAGAAGGGAAAGGAAACAUCAGUGCCCGAACUGCAGCAAAAUGUUUGACCGCCCGAGCAGCCUCGCAGUGCACAUGAACACUCACACCGGUUCUAAACGACCAGCCAGCCCAUUCUCUUCCCGGCUCCCUUAUCGCUUGCUUGCGGCUGAAACUUGUCAACAGCCUUCGCAUGCCCGGUCCCUGGGUGCGGAAAGCGGUUUGCCGUCCAGUCCAAUGCGACGCGGCACCUCCAAUCGCACGGCAUAACGCUAAACACCAACACCCGCGAUCAAGCGUUCGCCGUCAGCUUCGACGCGCCGGUCGUCUCGCAUGAUGUGCAUGCGACUGCGCCCCAGCCCGCGAGCUAUGAGUGGAUGCGACCGCACAGCUCGAUUGCAGAUCUGGGUCUGCGUGCGUCAGCUCCACUGCCAGAGCCGUCGGGGGGCGCCGGCUAGCGAUGUGGCGGACCCAUCGGCGAGGCUUUAGGUUCCACGUCACCAGCAUGAGCAGGAGGAGAGCGACGAAGGAGAGGGAGGUGAGAGGGGUUUCAUGGGCGACGAAUAUAACGCGAGAUGUCUGUGGAUUUCGGCGACGUAGUUAUAGACAGAGUUGAUGUACUGAGCACAAUGGGAGUCGGAAGAAUAUUAGAACGACUUUCAC